AUGGCUGACAACUCUCAGAAGAUGAGCUACCACGCUGGAGAGGCCAAGGGCCAAGCUCAGGAGAAGGCUAGUGGGAUGAUGGAUAUGGCUAACAAUGCAGCCCAAUCUACCAAGGAGACAAUGCAAGAUGCUGGUCAGAAUAUGCAGGCCAAGGCUCAGGGAGCUGCUGAUGCAGUCAAGAAUGCCACUGGCAUGAACAAAUGA